AACUACUGGACCGAAAAGUCAUCAAACAUUCGAACAGUCGCCCGGUUCGCCGAGAACUCUGGAAAUGGCGAAACCAGCCCUCUACGCAUCUCUCAUACUCUCUCUCAUCCUCAUAUUUUCUCUCUCAUCAGAAUCAGCUCAGCUCCCCCGAUCCUCCAAACGGAACCCUCCUCGCUUCCUCCACCCCAAGGUCUUCAACUCCAACAAACCCCAAUUGCUACGAACCCAAUACCAAUACGAGACCCGAUUCUUCACGCAGCGUCUCGACCACUUCAGCUUCGCCGAUCUCCCAACUUUCCGGCAACGGUACCUCAUCAACACCGACCACUGGGUGGGUCCCACUCGCUUGGGCCCCAUCUUCUUCUACUGCGGUAAUGAAGGCGACAUUGAAUGGUUUGCCGACAACACUGGCUUCGUCUGGGAAAUCGCCCCUCGCUUCGGCGCUAUGGUCCUCUUCCCCGAACAUCGGUACUAUGGUGAGUCGAUGCCCUAUGGGAGUCGAGAUGAGGCGUACAAGAAUGCUACUACUCUAUCAUAUCUUACAUCAGAGCAAGCACUUGCAGAUUUCACAGUAUUGCUUACUGACCUGAAAAGAAAUUUGUCUGCUGAGGCUUGCCCUGUAGUGUUGUUUGGUGGAUCGUAUGGCGGAAUGUUAGCAGCAUGGAUGAGACUGAAAUAUCCCAACAUUGCAAUUGGUGCCCUUGCUUCUUCAGCGCCAGUUCUUCAAUUUGAAGAUAUUGUGCCACUAGAAACAUUUUAUGACAUUGUCUCCAAUGGUUUUAGACGUGAAAGUACUAGCUGCUUUAACACUAUAAAAAAGUCAUGGGAUGUACUAAUAUCUGAGGGUCAGAAGAACAAUGGCCUUCUGCAGCUGACUAAGAUGUUCCGCUUAUGUCGGAAACUGGAAAAUGUUGAUGAUCUUUCCAACUGGUUGGAUUCCGCUUAUAGUUAUUUGGGAAUGGUGAACUACCCUUAUCCAUCUAACUUUAUUAUGCCUUUGCCUGGAAAUCCCAUUAAAGAGGUGUGCAGAAAGAUUGACAAUUGUCCGGAUGGGACUGAGGUUUUGGAGCGCAUUUUUGAAGGAAUAAAUGUCUUUUACAAUUAUACUGGAGCAGUUGACUGCUUUCAACUGGAUGAUGACCCUCAUGGCAUGGAUGGCUGGGACUGGCAGGCAUGCACUGAGAUGGUUAUGCCAAUGUCCAGUAGCCAGGAUACUAGCAUGUUUCCAGCAUAUGAUUAUAACUACUCUUCUUUCAAAGAGUGGUGCUGGAGCGAUUUCCAUGUUGAACCAAGGCCUACAUGGAUAACAACAGAAUUUGGUGGACAUGAUUUUAAGACUGCCUUGAAAAUGUUUGGAAGUAACAUCAUUUUCUCGAACGGCCUAUUGGAUCCUUGGAGUGGUGGCAGUGUUCUUGAGGAUAUAUCUGAAACUAUUGUUGCUCUUGUUACAGAAAAAGGUGCCCACCAUUUAGAUUUGCGCGCAGCAACACCUGAGGAUCCUGAUUGGUUGAUAGAGCAGAGGGCAUCGGAAAUCAAGCUGAUUGAAGGCUGGAUAAACAACUACCACCAGGAAAAGAAGGCAAUUUUCGAAAUAUGAAGGUUGAGAACUUGUGGAGCAUUCUUGUAUAUAGCUAGCUGUUAACUUUUCCGAUCCUCAUUGUCCACGGACACUGUCAUCACCAAUUUAACUUUCUUAUAAGAGUUUGAUGUGCUCUCGUGGAGUCUCAUGGAUAUUCAGCAUGGUAUUUCCUUUGGUGAAAGAAGGAUUCAAUAGUUGCCAUUAGUUGCGAUGCUACAAGAUCUGCUUUACCCAUGAAGUCUUCUUAGCAAGCAUACUUAGAAGGACUCAAUGUUGUGUUUGAGCCUCCGACUGUCGUACAAUAGUUUGUUUAAUAGGAUAUUGGGGGUUCUAUUCAUGUAUUUACUUGUAUUGUUAUUUAUAUAUAUAUAUAUUUUAGUCUUUAUAUUAGAAA